UAUAUAAUUCCACUGUGAAUUCCCCAGAUCUGGGGACAAAGAUCAACAGUUACAUCCAAUUACAAUGGAGUAUUUGCCGCCAGUCUCCUCUCGGAGGUAUCAAGCCAUGUGCAGGCCACUAUAUCUCCCCACUCCAGCCAAUCUAGCGCUUUCUCAAGAUGAUUGAUUGCUGGAACAUCCCAGGGAUGCUGCACUCGGCGCAUCACCUACAUUUGAGAGGUUAUUCAAGGGACAGUGAAUGUCUCUUCUACUAUGCAAAACUCUAGACUUUCUGGUCUUGAGCCAGGUAGACUAGUUACCAUCAUCCUAUUCUCUGCUUAUCCAAACCUCCCACCACAGAAAUAAAGGCGCUGACUACCCAGCUUCUGGCGUUGAACACUCCUUCCCAUCUUAACUUCCAUGUUUGCAGGACAACGCACUCUGGUCUUCAUCGUUACCAUUAAGCUAGAAACAAGUGGAUUCUAUAUCCCCCCAGAAUGGCUGAUUUACCUUCCAAGUUGCCCGCUAAUCCCGGGGAGUGGCACAAAGCAGUCAAGGAGCACAACCUUGUUGGCAAGACGGUGCAUACCGCUGAGCUUGCGUCGGCUUCCAAAAUUGAAUUUAGGCAAUUUCUGCUUUUGCGUGUUCUCUGGAAUCCCCGUGUCGGAGCCCACCUGUUCCGCUUGCCACCAGUCCUGAACAAAUAUCAUGCCCAGGCCAAGGAACUACUCGCGACAUCUCAAUCCUGGGCGGACUAUUGCAGUGGCAUCAAGAGCGGCCAAAAUCCAGAGGGCAUCUUUUCAAUUGCCAGGCAUUAUCAAAUAAAAGCGGCUACCGGUGGGGAGAAUAUGAGACCGGACAGCUUCGAUACCCCGGUUGCCAAGCGCACCCGCAGCCACGCGACAAAAAAUCUGGCGGAAGCAUUGAGGGGAUUCCAAAUCGACAAGACGCCAUCCAAGACACCCAUCCCAGUGCCCCAAACACCCAAGAUUGAUUCAUCGUCAGACGAUGAAUCUGACUCGAGAGGCCCGACACCAGCUAUCCUGGUUCCUAAAGAUGUCCAGAAGUUGAUGUAUCCACCUACCAAGGACGAGCAAAUCGUCAAUGCUGCUCUUGUCAUUUUCUUAAACGCUCUGACGAUUCACUUCCCCAUUAUCGAGCGCUGUGAGUGGACUAUGCACAGACAAGCAUUUGUUUCCAUUUUUGAGGAAGCAGAAAGCGAAUCCAGGACCGAUGGGUAUCUCGAUGACGGCAAGGAAAACCCUUAUGCUCUGAUCGAGGUCAAACCUAUUACCAGAACGCUCGCCAGUCAAAGCCGGAUCCAAAUGCAGGAGGGCUCACAGAUGGCCGGCUGGAUCAAAACUGAUACCAACGCAUCUCUGGAGAAGCUGCGAGUUCAUGUUUCCCAAGACCAGCAUGAGAUUUUCAUCACCAUUGCGGAGUACGACAGCGGUUACGUGUCUUAUCUCCGAAAGAAACCCCACAAUAACGAACCCCCGUCGUUCUUGACCAUGUGUCAAUAUGGCCCUUGGAUUACUACGCACGCUGGGCACAUGAAGAAGCUGGGGCCAAUUCUGCUUGCGCUCACGCUCUACGCCGAGGGUGAGGUGCGGAAGACCGAGGCAUCUUUAUCUGACUAGAUGGAUACUCACCUAGUAGAUCGAUUGACUGGAGCAUCUUUAGUAUGCUGUGAGCUUGAAAUGAUGGCUGGAUGGUUUUUCCUGUUUCUUCUUCCGUUUGUCCUUCUGUUUGUGCUUGUGUAUCAUCCAUACCAUGUUGCGAAAAAUACCACUCGGC